CUUCCCAAAGUGCUGGGAUCACAGCCGUGCGCCACCACGCCCAGCUCCAGGCAGGGUGUUCUGUCCCAAGAGGAAAAACAGAGGACCUGUCUGGAUCGUUGCAGCGGGAACUCAGUCUGGCUUGUGCAGCCGUGGAGCUGAUGAUGACCCUGGGAAGACGCUGACCACCGACCCCUCUCGCCCCCGGCGAGCCGCGAUGGGCGCCCGGCCCUCGCGGCGGCGGCAGCCCGCGGGCCCGCCGGUGGCCCUGGACGCACUGCCCCCCGAGCUGCUCGUGCGGGUGCUGAGCCACGUACCGCCGCGCGCGUUAGUGACCCGCUGCCGCCCAGUGUGCCGCGCCUGGCGGGACGUGGUGGACGGGCCCACCGUAUGGCUGCUGCAGCUGGCCCGCGACCGCAGCGCCGAGGGCCGCGCACUCUACGCCUUGGCCCAGCGCUGCCCGCCCAACAGCGAGGACGAGGAGGAGCUCCCGCUCUGCGCCCUGGCGCGCUUCUGCCUACGCGCGCCCCUCGGCCGUAACCUCAUCUUCAACUCCUGCGGAGAGCAGGGUUUCAGAGGCUGGGAGGUGGAACACGGCGGCAAUGGCUGGGCGGUGGAGAAGAACAUAACCCUGGUGCCCGGGGCUCCUUCCCAGACCUGCUUCGUGACUUCGUUCGAAUGGUGCUUCAAGAGGCAGCUUGUGGACCUGGUGAUGGAGGGGGUGUGGCAGGAGCUGCUGGACAGCGCCCAGAUUGAGAUCUGCGUGGCUGACUGGUGGGGUGCCCGAGAGAAUUGCGGCUGCGUCUACCGCCUUCGAGUGCGCCUCUUGGACGUGUACGAAAACGAAGUGGUCAAGUUCUCAGCGUCUCCCAACCCGGUCCUUCAGUGGAGAGAGAGGAGCUGCCGACAGGUCUCCCACGUAUUCACCAACUUUGGCAAGGGCAUCCGCUAUGUGUCUUUCGAGCAGUACGGGAGAGACACACGUUCCUGGGUGGGGCACUAUGGUGCCCUUGUGACCCACUCCAGCGUGAGGGUCAGGAUCCGGCUUUCUUAGCUGGCCAGCCUGACCCAGCCUUUCA